AUGACGUUUUUUCACGUUUAUUUUGCUUUUAUCUUGCUGGAAAUAUCUGUGUUUGUGUCUGGUAAGUUGUUUCAAGUUUUCAAAUUCAAAAUUAGAAAUAUUUCUGACAUAUUUUAUCGUAGUUGAUAUAAAUAUAAAUCAAGGUCACAAAUUCGUUUUAAAAGAAUUAAAACGUACUCGACUAAUAUAUAGACCACUUGUCUUGUUGCGUUUUUUUUGGAAUGCAAAAUGAUGUUAAGUCGCCCAGGAUAACGUAUGUUAUGUAUUAAUGAUAUCUGUGCGAGUCUGAAUAUUAUAUAGACUACAUCAAAAAUGUCAACAAGGCGAGGGGUCAUUUUAAUAAUUAAUAAAGAAGUCAAUAAAAUCGUUCAUAUAUUUAUCACAUAUUUACUGAGACCGAGGGAAACAGUGUGUUUUGUGUCUCAGUAAAUAAGUGUUUUGUUAUAUAGUAUAGAAGUGUCAAAGUAUGAAUAAUUCACCGGUUAUUGGAGUGAGCUUAAUUUGAAACCAAAACUGGAUAAAAGGAAUCCCGUAAAUGUUUAGUAAAAGUUUAAAAAAUGAACUUUGGGACUUGAUGGUUGACACGCAUGCGUAUUGCACCCAUUUUAUUAUUGACCGGUCAAUAAAUGUUUCAUUGUGGACUGAUUGCAGAACAUGACGUUUUGUGGAUAUAAAAUAUACUAUAUAACAAAUAUGUAGCUUCUCGUUUUACCUCAAGAAACCAGAACAGUCUGUUUCAUCCAUAUAUAUGAUUCCUAUACGGAUGAAACGGACUGUUGUGGUUUUUUGAGGUAGAACGAAAAACUAUAUUACACUCUAUCUAUAUGGUAUUGAGCACUGUUUGUGUUUCGUAAACCAAAAACUUAAGCUAACAAAUAUAUACAUAUAUAUAUAUAUAUAUAUAUAUAUAUAUAUAUAUAUAUAUAUAUAUAUAUAUAUAUAUAUAUAUAUAUAUAUAUAUAUAUAUAUAUGAGCUGUCGUUGUUUCCAAAGCCAGAGUUGUUUUCACAACGUUUCCAAGCUGUGACUGUCGACGAAAAUGGAACAGAGACAGGGGGCUGGCAGAAUUCCCUGCCAAAACCAGUGAUGCCCUGCCAAAAAGUACAAAAAAAUUUUCCGGAAAAAUUAUUUUGGCGACCUCCCCGAUCGAAUAUUGCCGCCCGGUACGCCUAUGUGCUAUCAUUUAUUUAUAAGAGACCUUUGAUUGCCCUGCCAAUCGGGACGAUUCGUAUUUUGGGGGGUGUAACACCCCCCACACCCCCCCCCCCUAAGUUUCGCCCCUGAUUAAACAACAGGAAUUCACAUCAGUCAUUGGGAAGUGUUCUAGUUACCGUAGCUACUCAAUGUCAGGGCCGUAGCAACCGGGGGGGCUGGGGGGCUGCAGCCCCCACAAUAAUUUGCUAAUAAUCAUUCUUUUUUCAAAAUCAUGCAAACUUUAUCAUUUAAUCUGUGACAAACUGCAAAGAUCGUUCCUCGCGUAGAAAUUUUAGCUGAAUUUCUGUCGCGCAUUUUCAAGAAAAUCCCACAAAAUCUGCACAUCAUUCCAGGUGAAGAAGAAGAGUCAUCAGUGACGAUGGAACUUGACGAAGACAUGAUCACAGCAGCAAUUGAAACUAAAAAUGAUACGUAUCAUUUGGAGGUAUAAAAUUCUGCAAGGUUUAAAAUAAAUCAUUUUAAUUUAGACAUAUUUGUAGGCUAUAUGUUUGCGAUGUUACUGGCGAGCUUGAAAAGUAUGCCCGGCCACGGUGGGAUUCGAACCUACGACCUUUGGAAUACUAGCCCAAUGCUCUUCCAACUGAGCUACGCGGUCAGGAUGGUUCGAGUAAGUGAUAUUUCGGAACAGUAUCUAGUUCCUUCUAUACCAAUGUGUUAAUUCUUACUAAUAUGAAUUUUUCUGUGUUGGUGUUGUGUACUCAGGUGAAUAAUAUGUUUGGGCUAGUAUUCCAAAGGUCGUAGGUUCGAAUCCCACCGUGGCCGGGCAUACUUUUCAAGCUCGCCCGGUGUGGAUAUGCACUCAGAGUAACAUCGCAAACAUAUUAUUCACCUGAGUACACAACACCAACACAGAAAAAAAUAUUUGUAGGCUGUUUGGUCCAAAAGCUUCAAAAUCCUUCAACUUAAAUAAAGUUAGUUAUGUACUAUUUAAAACAUGAGCAGCUCAGUGUUUUAUCAGAUAUAAAGAUACGAGGCGAAGCCGAGUAUCUUUAGGUCUGAUAAAACACAGACUGCAAAUGUUUUAAAUUGCUUCAAAGACGAUCGAUCUAGUAGGUUCAUCGGCAAAGUAAUUUUCAAAAAAUAUGUUGUGUAAGUCGAGAAAAUCAAAGUUAAAGUUUAUGUAAAUUAGGGAAAUCUCUAUCACAUAUAUAUAGAGAAUAUUAUGCGGCGGCACGAAGAUAUGACUUUUAUCUUUGAGUGGUGAAAACAAUAUUUUACGAACGAGUGCAAUAUUAUAUAGUCCCAAGCAAAAAAUUGUGAAAUUUCACGCUCAAAAGCAAAUUGGAAAAGUCACAUGAUCGAUAUCUUCACUAGUGAAGAUAUGGACAUAGGCGUCAAAAGAUCGAUAGGUGGGGGGGGGACCAUAUUCAUAUAUUCGUGUUCUGCAUUAUUAAUUUCUUUUGAAAUUGAUUGUUUUUAAGGUCUGUGAACACGAAUAUAUGAAUAUGGUCCCCCCACUUAUCGAUCUUUUGAUGCCUAUGGAUAUGGAAAAUAUCUCGCUAUGUAUUUUUCAGUAUCUCACUCUCUACUAUAUAAUAAAUAAAAAUACGACAUGCUUAUGAUUUUUCUUUGUGUUUUCCUCAUGAAUUAUUAAUAAGUUUUUGAAUAUAUCUUACAAUGGUUGAUAAAAUUACUAUCCAGUGGAUAGUGGUAUCCGCUGUACAAACGCGGCCCCUGUAAUACAACCAAAUAAUCAAAUGUGUUAAUUUACGUAGCCUUCAUCAGGACACAUUGAUGGUGAUACUAAGAAGAAGAUGAUUGCAUAUCGAGAUUCAGAUGUUAUUUGGAAUGUCACAUUUGCUGGGUAAUGCACAAAACAUUUAUCAUUUUUAUGUUAUUCGAACAAAGCUUGCCGACGUUUAGGUGUACAUGAAUUCAACUUCUUAUUAUACAAUUACUUGAUGGUUUCCGUGUUUGCAUGGCCUGAUCCAAACACGCGGGAAUGUUGCGAGAGUUAAGAAAAGCGCGCGAAACACGAGCCGAAGGCGAGUGAUUUUGCGCGCUUUUCUUACCUCGAGCAACAUUCCCAAGUGUUUGGAUCAGGCCAUCCAAACACGGAAACCAUAAAGUAAUUGCUUUAUAAAAUAACAGCAACACGAUAGUCUUCCGUGUUUGGAUGGCCUGAUCCAAACACGGGUUUCGACCAAUCAGAGCACGCGUUAUAUACAUGUUAUUUUAUAAUACAUUUUACUAGAAAUCACACACAACAGGAACGGUAUUGCAGAACUGUAGAUGCUGGUAACAGAUCUGAAACACACCAUGCACCAG